AUGGAUGAUUCUUCAGAUGAUGAAAGUUUUUACACUACACAAUCGUCGACUGGAAGGAGAAGCGCAACGACAGAUAUCGACGAUCAUUUGUUUGAUACGACAACCCUGUUCGAUGAUGGACAAUUGCAAAAUGCAGUCACCGGUAAAAAUACCGAAAAGACAGUGGGCGUGACGAGCUUUGAUUUGUUUGAAGGUAGGUUACUGAAUUUUACAAAGUAUUUAGUUUUCCUGUUCAGUUCUGGCAUACAAAUCGAAGGUGAUCGUUUUCGCCUAGAUGGAGAGAUUGAUGGUGAAUUGUUUGAAGCGGCAAGUCUUUUUGACAGUGAAAAAGCACGACAUACAGAGACGAAUAAAGAAAUUCAAAAUGCAGGGGCCGCUAAGAGAUUUGAAUCACUUCAAGGUAGGUUGGUGGGUUUUACUGUAUUAUUCAUUUUACUGUUCUUGUUCUAAGGUAAAAAAGUUCUUUAUAUUUUCGUGUAGGAAAAAGAUUUCGAAAACCAAUAACUUCUUCAAAGUGCGAAAGGUUCGGGCAAAGUUGGACAUCCGAGGCUAGUCGAAAGAAGUGGCGUUGGGUAUUGAGAACCUUCGAAAAAUGGCGAGCCGCAAGAAAUCAUGCCGUGUCUUCUAACAAUGAAAGCUAUGAUGACGAACCACUGGUCAACACAAGUUUAGAGGAAAUGUCUGACGAACAGUUGGACUUUUUCCUUGCACGUUUCGUCGCAGAAGUGAGAAAAACAGAUGGCGCUGAAUACCCUGGGAGAACUAUAUAUGAAAUGAUAAGUAGUAUUCAGGCUUAUUUACAUGUUGAGUGUAAGCGUAAUGUAAAUUUAAUUGACAAAACAGCUCAUGUAUUUAGAAAUUUAAACUCGGCGUUAAAUUUUGUAAUGAAAGAAAGAGCCGGGCAGGGUAUUGGGGUGGAGACAUCGCAAGCUAAAUUUAUUACGGAAGAACAAGAAAAUUAUUUGUGGGAACAUGGCUUUUUAGGUUGCACGAACGCAGCGUUGCUUAGAGAUACUUUAGCUUUUGUGUUCGGCUUACAAUUUGCUUUAAGAGCUGGGCAAGAGCACAGAAACUUGAGGCGUGAAAACUCGCAACUUUCCCUACAAGUUGACGAAUUCGGUGAUGAAUUCUUGCAAUAUAACAAGGAUAUCAGCAAAACUAACAACGGUGGAUUGGCCCAUUUGCGUACUAAACGCAAAGUUGUUCGGGCAUAUAGGAAUUUUAAAAAUCCAGAGCGUUGUCCGUUUGAGCUCUACAAGAAAUAUUUAUCUCACAUUCCCACAACUACGAGCGAUAACGCGUUUUAUUUGCGAGCUUUGCCAAAACCAAAGGGCACAUUUGGUAUUAUAAAAAAGCUGCGGGUAGAGAAACGUUAGGAAAUGUCGUGAAGAAUAUUAUGAAAAAUGCUGGGUUUGAGGGGUAUUUUACAAAUCAUUCUCUGCGUCGUAGUUGUGCUACAAGACUGUACGAUGCCGGAUUCCCCGAACAAGUAAUUCAGGAGACUACAGGCCAUCGGUCGUCUGAUGGGAUUAAAGCUUAUAAAUGUACCUCGUUUUCGCUUAAGCGAAAAGCUAGUGAACUAUUGCAAAGUGAUCAAUGUACUUUUCCGGAGGGUGAAAGAGGUGUAAAAUGCAAAUAUGGCGCUAGAGAUUUGUAUGAAAACUUUAAUGAAUCGAGUAAAAUGUGUGAGAGUGUUACGUGUGAGGUUGGAACGAGUGUAGAAUGUAAAACCAAGACAGAUGUGAAACCGAAUUUUGAUAAAGUAGUGUCUAACUGUGAUCAGUCGAUUGUUAUUAACACAGAUUGCACAAAGAUAGUUGUUUCGUACAAAUGACUGGUUUUAAAGUUUACUGUCUAUUGUAUACUGUCAUUGUUGUAUUUAUCAAUCUAGCGUGUAAUAACUCAUGAUUCUGUAAAUUUGUGGUACUGAUUAUAUUGUGUGAAAAUGCUGUCUUUGUGAUGUAUAUUUGACCCGUAUAAAAAGUAUAAUUAUUUUCGGCUGCAAGACUAUGUUGCUGCUGGUCGGGACCCUAUGACAAUGAACCUAUCUAACAUGAGACAUUGUGAGGACAUGCAUGUAAUGGAUCGUGAUAGAACAGAUUUCAGUUGAAUUAAUUACCCUAUAUUAAAAUCUCCACAAGCGCAGGUCAAUUAUAUUAUAGUGUUCUAAUUAUCAUUAAUGAUAAGGUUAAUUCAAAGAGCGUAUUAAACUGGAUAAGCACGGGAAUAGAACUUAUGGUGCGUUCUGCACAUGCGUAUAUCUAGGAUAAAAUCCCACAAGCGCAAACCAAACUAUUUCUCUAUAAAGUUUAGCUGAAAGGACUCACAGCGACCGUUUUUGGCAAUGCUUCAGGCGCCCGAUGAUAUUAUAUGAGGGGCCUUUAGCACUGUCAUUUUGUCGUUGUGAGAUGUUCACGUUAUCGCGUGUACUUGUCAGGAUGACGAAGGCGCAUUAUUGAGAAUAAUGUCAUUCUGCACUGACGCACGCUGCAUUAUUUUUAAUUCUGUGUGCACGCUACAUUAUUUUUAAUAAUGCUUUGUGCACGCUGCAUUAUUUUUAAUAAAAUGCUGUGUUCACGUUGCAUUAUUUUUAAUAAUGCUGUGUGCACGCUGCAUUAUUUUUAAUAAUGCUGUGUGCACGCUGCAUUAUUUUUAAUAAUGCUGUGUGCUAUUUUAGCCUGUAUAAACAUUUACCCCUGGUAAUUUCCCUGCUAUCAAAAAAGACCGCUCCCGUUUUUCUGAAGAAUCUGAUCCUAUUCAUGGUAUUCCAUUGUAUAGUGCAGAGUGAAAACAAUAGGUUAUUAUGACCGUCAGUAAUUAUUACCAUAUAAUUCCCAUAUAUGGGAAUUAUAUGGGACAACCAAGUGUGUACUACCAUAUAAUUCCCAUAGGUAUGGGAAGUAUACGGGACAACCAAGUGUGGACUACCAUAUAAUUCCCAUAGAAUUGGUUAUAUGUAAAAGCAUGCCAUUGAUAUGGAUUACCUAUGGACCAAGUAACCCCACAGUUUUUCCCAUAGGAUUAAUAGCAAUGUGUUUGUUUCCAUAGCUUUUCCAUAUCUCAAUAUUUAACAAAUUUAGACACCAUACCAAUCCCACAUGAUAUCUAUAUUGUCCCAUAUCAUGCCCACAUAUGGGUCAUAUAUGGCCCAAACUUUGCCAUAUCUUUCCCAUACUUUUGCUUUGGUAAGGGGGAGUUAUUCUUUCCCAUGUUAACAAUGGUAUUGUUGACUGAAAACGCCACACAUGCAGUAAGGCUAAGCUCACAUUCUUGCAAAGCUGAAGUUAUUCUUGUGAAUUGUCCUUCAGCUGUAGAAGCGUUGGAGUUUGAGUUAGUGCAGAUAUCUAAGAGAUGGUAACUUACUCCCGAUCUACAAAGCAAAAAGACAAAAAUGGAAAUAAAAACUGAUGUUUCACAUGUACUGAAUAUAUAAAAACAUAUAAUAUGUUUUUGGUUAAACACACAGUUUUUAUACCAAUUGUAUUGAGUUAUUCAGGUAUUAACAUGUGUUUUAGUAUAGGUCAGUUUAAUAAUAUGUAUAGCAUACAAAAGAUUGAUUUAUGGGAAAUUUUACCUGGCAACAUCAAAUAUUUUGACAGUCAAAGGGAAAAGUUUCUUUAGUCCUGUGUCAAAACUGGCAUCAAUAGCAAGAGAAAAAGGGUUCUUUUUCAUGGCAGUAAUCAACUCUUUCUUGCAAAAUGGUGCCAUUGCACCAUUGAGAACGUUAGUUGUUUUUGUUCUGGCGCAUGCAUAUCCUUUCGCAAUCUUGCUGUCAGGGAAAAUAUUUGAAACCAACUGGUGGCAACUGCGAGUGGCAGGUUGUGUUGCACUAAGAAAUUUGUGAUUUUGACUUCUGCACGGAUUAUUUAAAUGUAAAAACGCAAUAUAUAUUUACCUUACUGUUACAAAUGCAUGCAUGACAUAUUAAUUUAUAAAUGGAGUUGUUCUCGGACCAAACAUAAUUUAUUUUGACGAUCUUUCAGCCACUAGGCUGUGGUCUUUAAAUUAACACUACCUUUUCUUUUAAAGACUUGUCAGCUGCUGAUUCAAAAAAUAAUCUUGGCUGUUUAUCUUCUUCUUUAGCUCUUUCCUGAUGUGAUUUGGUGCUUAUAUGGUCUAACACAGACUUCUAUCCACUAUGGUCACACCUGAUUGCCACUCUACAUGCAUUACAACGAAACUUGAACCUGUAAAAAAGCACACAAAUCACAAUAAAUAUGUCAUCUAGCUCAAUGGGUUAACAUGAAAAUAUUGUAAGAAAGACACAAGAAUUGCAUAUAUAUACUGGUCGCUUGGUUCUGCCGUGAUGUAUUUGAAUUUUGUCCAAGACAGAUUGAACUUGGUCUUGUAUUUGUGAUGGCUUUUUUUCUUAAUUGUCUCGUCAAGAGUUGACGAUUUUUGAUCUUCAGUUUUCCUUUUCCCAGUGACUGAUUACUGAGCUGGUGUGCACAGCACGGAAUGAUUUGGAGACCAAAAAGGUGUUAGAGUAUUGUUUCCUAGGUUUGUCCACAUUAUUACUACAUCUUCCAAAAUAUCUCGAUCUGGAAAUUUCACGGGUGAUAUUAAUUGGUUAUACAGCUUUCUGAUGACAAAUGGACUUGAAACAUCAGGAUAAAUACUUCUAACUGGAGUUUGAAGACAAUAAUUUGCGGCUGCAAAGAAAUGCCAGAGCCCAACCCAUGUUGCUAGCUUAAAAGUUGAAAUAACAUAAUCCUCAUAACUGUGUAUCCCGUCUGGAAACGAAUGCUCGCACAAUUUUUUUACCAGGUUUUUCAUUUGGUAUUCGGACAUCAGAUUAAGCUGUUCGUUGUUGUCAUAUAAAUCUCUAUUUUGUACCAUUUCUAGCACAACUCUCACACACAUUUCUUUAUGGUGUUCCUCACACCCAUAGAUAUAUUUAGACAAGGCGCGAAAGAAGCAGUUUCCAUCACCAUAAAUUUUAAUUGGAGUCAUCAUUUUCGGUCGGAGGAUCAUCUUGGGUAAAUCUGUAAUGCUUCUGAAUCUACAAAUAUUAACAUUUUUUAAAUCUGACCACUUCAUUUCCAAGAUUUCAUUGUAAAGGUUAUCAAAAUAGUCAUUCCUAGAAAUGAAUUAAAACAAGAUAUGCUCCUAGUCAUUAUGUAUUUAUAUAGGUUUGUAUAAGUAUUUCAAAAACAUUUUUUGUUUUUUAUCUAUUUCACCUUUUCAGUCAUUUUAUUAUACGUACUAGAUAAAUCCGAUGUGUAGCCGAUCUGUAUCUGAUAUACAAACUCGAGCCGAAGGUGAGAGACCCAUCUUAUGAAUUCAUUGGCGAAGUAAUUUUAAAAAUACGAAAAUCAAAGUUGAAAUUUAUGUAAAUCAAGACAAACCUUUAUGCAAUUUACAAUCAUGCAUUGAUUAAACAUUCGUUUCUUUUGUAUUUUCCUCAUGAAUUAUUAAUGAGUUUUAUAAAUAAUUAUACUAAGAUAACAAUUACGAAUCUGCACGAGCACAAGCGAAAUUCAAAACAUAUUGCAUGCAUACAUAUGUGAAAGCCGCAGUUGUCCAAUGCAUCAUAACAUUGUGAAAUACGCAUAGAAACUGAUAUUUUUCGGGUGAAAGAUUUCGAAUUCCAAUUCAAAAUCUUUCACCCAAAAAAGAUUACUAAUUGAUUCAAACCUUCACAGAUAUUUUCUGUACCUGAAAGUAUGGCGUGAAAAAUUGUGCAGUGAACAUUUAAAAAACUCAUUACUAUAAAAUAAUCAUUUUGCAUGUUUAAAGCCUGUAUGGACAGGCAAGAAUGAAUGCAUGUGCUUGUGCGCACCUGUACCACAAACUCACGAACACGUUUUUUCAGUUUUGAAAUAAAUAACAUUUCAUGCACAAAGUACAACUUAUGCACAAAGUACAACUUAUACAAAAAAAUAGGUUGUCUGUAUGGAUCUUACAGUAUUUAACAGUUAUUCUACGAACUUGAGUCGAAUAUGAGCUGAUUAGAAUACUUAUGUAGCAAAAACUGCAAGACCAUGAGUCCACAGCAUGUCAUUUACUCAAUAUGUAAAUAGCAAGAAAGUUCAUGAUAGAAAGUUCAUAUUAAGAGUUCAUAUUAAGUAUUUAAAGGAGUUCGUCUUAGGAGUUCAUAAGAGGCUUCCAUUAGUUGUUCAUGUUCAGUAUCCUCCCAUCUAGAUGGUUGACACCUGUAAGUAGUUUUCUAAGUCUAACCAGCAUUUGUAACCUUUUUCCAUGACGAUGAUGCCCAAUAUCUGAAUAUUGCUUUCACUAAGGCCUAAGCUGUUAUUUAAAAGGUUGUAAGAUGGCACUGCCAAGGUUCCUCUCCAGUUGAAGCUAAUAGAUGAGACGGUUAGUGAUGCAGUGCCACUUACCCUUAAGUCCCAGUUGCGGACAUUCUCAGUGUCAUAGUAUUCUACUUUACGCCUAUGUAGAUCAUUCAGAUCAGCAUUAUCUGCCACCACAGUUACAUCAAUAAUGUAACAAGUGCCCCCUCCUUUCCAAGCGAUAAUAUCAGGCCUACGCAACCCUGUUGGGGUUGGUAUGGCCGGUUCUACUAGCACAAACCAAUCUUUCUUAAUUAAGAACUUAACAGCCUGUGCUAGAACAGAAUUAUGUCCACUAGCACCACUAGUUCUUGGGCAAACCUGUAAGAUGUGUCCAAGAGACUCAGGGCAGCCUCAUCUCCAUGCUGCUAAGUGUGCUGCACAAUCUCUCUAUAUAUCGAGCACUAAAUGUUGGUUUAAAUAGUAGAGUAGGUCUGCGUUGUUAUCAACCAGGGGUUGAAAUUUACAUUUUUUUGUACUAUACAGCCGGAAUAGUAGAUUUUUAUAUUUACUAUUCUGUCUGAAAAUUCACUAUUCCUUAAUGUACUGUUUCUGAGAGCCUGUUCAAUACAAUACAACUUUAUUUCACUCUUAGAUAGAAAUAUACAUAAAUAAUACACAAUUCUUAAAUAGUUGAUACAUAAAUAGAAUUUAUAUUUUAAAUAACAUUUUUAGAGCUUGGAAGCUAAAUGAACCGUUAGGUUUUCUAGUUAGCUUCCAUUGAUUUUUAUUCUUAUUAGAUUAAUAUAGAUUAUAAUGUCAGACAAUUGAAGAAAAUAUUAAUUUUCCAUUAGUUUUUGUUCAAAGAAAAGCUGAAGAAUAUAUAAUAAGUACAAUUUGUAUCAUAAAUGAUGCAAAUUUCAAUAGGUAUGUUGUUUAGCCAAUAAGUAGGUUUUAACUUGCUUAAAGAAGGAAAACAAAGGUAGAUUUUUAGUUAUAUCUGGGAGAUCCUUCCAUAAAUCAAUUGCUCCAAAAGAAAUUGCCUGUUUAUACAUAUUUAAAUUAGAUGAAUAUCUGGUAUUAUAACUAUGAACAUCUCUUGAAUAUUGGAAGAAAUCAUCAAAUAUGUGUGGCAAUUACAAACCUUUGUGCCACGCAUGAAUAAAUUUCAAGGCAUGUAGGCAAUAUACAUUUUGAACUGUUAAGAUAUCAAGCAAAUUUAGCAAUGGGAGAGCACUUGCAGUAUCUUUACCAAUAUAACUUUACAAAAAAUAUUAACCUGAUUGCAUGAUUCUGUUUCACUUGUACUUUUUGUAUAAGGGACGUGCAAGCGCUGCCCCAUGCCAAAACCGCGCAUAAUAUAUAUGGAUAAAUAACACUAAAAUAAAUUUGUGAUAAUUGCUUGAUAGAAAGAUAGUGUCACAGUUUGGAUAAAAUGCCAAUGCCACGAGAUAUUCGAAAACAUAUAUAUGGUGUAUGAUACCUCCAGGAUAUCGUGUCAUCUAGCAUUAUACCCAAAUACUUAAUAUGAUACGUUCCAUCAUUUUUAAUUUGUAUCGUUGUUGAAAAAUAUUUUUCUGGCGGCUUUAUAAUCAUAUAACUCGUUUUACUUAUAUUAAUUGAUAACUUAUUAACAUUGCACCAUUCCUUAACCUUAUCAAGUUCAGAGUUCAUCAAAGCUUCAAGGGUUUUUAGGUUACUAGAGGUAGCAAAAAUAUUUGUAUCAUCGGCAAAAAUUUUAAAUAAUAAAUUAUCAGAGCAAUUUGGAAGAUCAUUUAUAUAAAUUAAAAACAACAAUGGUCCCAGUGUACUCCCUUGUGGAAUCCCACAAAACAUAGUCUGUCUCGUUGAUUCAAAAUCUCCAAGUGCUACAUAUUGUUUCCUAUUAGAAAGAUAACUUGCAAACCAUUGUAGUGGAAGACCUCUUAUACCGUAAGCUUCCAGUUUGUUCAAUAGUAUAUUGUGAUUCACACAGUGAUAUGAAAAUUACCAAAAAAAAGUAACAAGUAAAAUUACAAUUACUUCUCCAAAAAAGUAAUUAUUACUAAUUACUUAUUACUGUCUUUCAAAUGUAAUUAAUUACCGAUUACUAAUUACUUUUUUAAAAAGUAAUUAAUUACUAAUUACUUUGAAAUUACUUUCAAGUUCUCAUGGACUUAAACAACAAUAAAAAGGUUAAUUCAAAAGGCAGUAUUAAAUUUGGAGUUCAGCUUUAAAGUAGUGCCGACUCUGGCGACUCAAAAUGGUAAUCAGUUAACCGAUUUCGGUGCGGGCGCAUGAUCAAGCCUCCACAGCUGAAAAGACGUUCAACAGCUGCACUUGCAGGCAAUACGGUGUUCAGCUUCAAAGCUAUUUGCUUCAAAGGUGCAGUACAUUGUCCAUUGUAAACUGUGGCAUCAAUAAUGUUUGAAGCCAAGUAGGUAUCCAAAGGCGAUUUGGUUGUUGUCUUAUUUCACAUGAAAAAUUCAUCGUCAUCAUCAUUUUUUUUUGGAAAAUAAUAAAAGUGCCCAAAAGUAACGCAAAUUACUUUUUUAAAAUGUUACUUGUUACCUUCAAAAAGUAAUUGAUUACGUUACAAAUUACUUUCGUGCAAAAAGUAAUUAAUUAACGAAAAAUUACCCAAAAAAGUAAUUAGUAAUUAGUAACUCGUUACUUUAGUAACGAGUACUCACAUCACUGGAUUCACAGUAUCAAAUGCUUUUGCAAAAUCUAUGAAAACUCCACAAGUAUACAAAUUUUCAUCGAUUGACUUCCUCAAUGUUUCGGUAAUUUCUGUUAUUGCCUGUGUGGUUGAAUGUCCUUUACGAAAACCAAACUGAAAUUCAAAAAGGAUGUGUUCUUUCUCGACAUAAGACAAGAGUUGCUUAUAGACCAACUUUUCAAAGAUUUGGGUAAACACGGACAGAGUUGAUUGAGCUGUGAUUGAUUGGUUGAGCUUUAGUUAAUUUAACUCUUAAUUUUUAGUUAAUUUGACAACUGACCGCACGAAAAUGCAGAUUUGUAAUGUACAGCUCUUUUUUGUAUGUCCAAGCUUCAAAUAACACUUACCACACAUGGAAAGAUUACCCAUAUUUUGGGACGAAGCCCGAAGAAUUUUUUCAUCAAACAUUUCAAGCUCGUGGAAUCCUGUUUUUAAUUCUUGUGAAAUCUUAUUAACCGUUUCUUUUUGUUUUACGGCGUAUCUUUCGAGCGGAAGCAUUAUACGAGGCUGUUCCAUUGCUUCGAUUUCUUUGUCUCUAUCGCCAUCAGUAUCUAAAUCAUCUUGGUUUUGAACAGGGUUAAGAAUUGAUGUCCUUAUGUGCAUGUGCUUUUCCAAUAGAAACGUUUCUUGAAGUACUGGCUGCGCUGCUACACAUGGAGCUAAUUUUUCCUUUGAUGGGGGCUUUGUCACAGGAUGAAAACGAAGUACACACGCUGCUGGCGAUUCGAAUUCUAUAACAUUGAUCUUUAUAUUCUUUUUUUCUGCAACAGGCCUCUGACUUGGUAAUUAAAGUACAAAGGUGACAAAUCGACUUCAACUUUGUCCUUGUCCACGGUCCAAUGCAGAGAGACUGCUUUGCUUAAGUGUGGGACCUCUUUUAAAAUUUGCAUUUUGAACUGGUCAAAUGAAAAGUUUUCCAGUUCUUCUUCUCGCAUGUACACAGGUGUAACACAUUUACUGGAGUAGUAGUGGUAAGUCACUUUUAUUUGUAUUAAAUCCAUUUUUAAUGGCAACGAUGAAUAUAAUAGACUCAUACAAACAAUAUAAAUUUGUGUUUGUUUGUCAGGGAAUAGCGGAAGUGGCAACACCUAAUUGUGUACCUGGAAACACAUGCUUAUAUACCUAGAAACGUCACGUUCGAACGCCAACAACGAACGGUACAAACACUUCUGUUAAACGCUCAACCUGAAUUGGCUGUAUAUCGUUGCUGCAUUUUUAUAUACAGGGUGUAUAAAAAAACUGAACAGAUUUGAAUUUACUCUCAAUUUCGUAAAACAGCUAUUACUAUCCAGUUUUUUUUUAUGUAUAUAGCAUCUUUGGGUACUUAUAAACAUAGAAUAAUGAAAAAACUUCUCGGACUUAAAUUUUGUGAACCAGGGGGGGGGUGUCUUUUCCAACAAGCUAAAAAUGGCUUGCGCACAGAAUUUAAAAGCUUUAAUCAUAUUUUGAGUUAAUAGAUGGAAAAUUUGUUGGGUUUUUAGUUACUGUGCAAAAUUUCAGACAAUUUGCUUUAGUUUAAGCCUUUCACAUGUUUAAUUAAUGCAUUUACCUAAUUUGAAUAUUGCUGACAUAUGCAAAUUAGCAAAGUCAUUAAUUAAGCAUGCAAAUGGAUGAUUUUUUGGGGAAAAUGUAAGUUUGCAUAAAUAGUUAAAGGGGCUUAAAUUAAAGCAAACUGUCUGAAAUUUUGUACAGUAAUUAAAAACCCAACAAAUUUUCCAUUAACUCAAAAUAUGAUUAAGAGUUUUUUUUCAAUGUCGCAUAACACAUGCUCAAAACUAAUACCACUAUAUACCACUUGAGGUUAUGACUAAAUUCAAAAUUUUUAUUUUUCGAUACGUUUAUAAAUCGGCAAACAAACUUAAAAAGUAUCUUUAGUGCUUUACCUGUAAAAGAAUGCUAAAAUGAAGAGAUUUUAGAUGAUACGCCAAAGAGAAAAUGAUGUCUGAAGUUCAGUAAGUUUUGCUUAUAUGGCAGUAAAUAUGGCAUCAAUUUUAAAGUAUCAGUGAUAAUUGUAUUUUAAUUGACAAUUUUUAACUAUUAUUUUAUGUUUCUCAACUGGCAGAUGCAUUUAAAAAGGUAGCUUACUCUAUAAACUAGAGAACAAAGCUAAAACAAAGUAAUUUUGAGAGGAACGCCAAAACGAUUUUAGGUUUUAAACACUUUUCAUUGCAAAUACGUGACAUUGAAAGUAAAAGAAUGCUAAAAUGAAGAGAUUUUAUAUGAUACGCCAAAGAGAAAAUGAUGUCUGAAGUUCAGUAAGUUUUGCUUAUAUGGCAGUAAAUAUGGCAUCAAUUUUAAAGUAUCAGUGAUAAUUGUAUUUUAAUUGACAAUUUUUGCUGCCGAAGGCAGCACACUAUUCUUCACCAGUCCAUUUUCGGUUCGCGAAUUAUAUGCAGCCAAGAAGUCAAUUUGGGAUGUUUGUACAUACGGAAAGAUGAUCAGAUUUAUGACGUUUUUUGACGUCACAGAAAUUUAAAAAAAUAUAACAUACUCCAAAUUGCAAUUUGACUUUCCAAAUACACUAGUCGGAAACUCGUGAACAGCACCGUGGACCAUGACAAUUUGUAAACAUGUUACAUUCUGGCCUAUGAAAUACAGCAAGCUUUCAGCAGGCACGACUCACAAGUGGCUUAGUGUAAAUUUUACUUUAUGUUCUGGCUGUUUAUCGAAAUAUUUUUCAAGGUAAUAUGAAAGUUUGAUCAUAAAUAACAAUAUGUUUUGGUCCAAGUAUUUUGCCCGUUGUAAGGAAAUAUGUAUUUACAAGUGGAGCUCGACAGCUCGUCGAUUGUCAGUUUGUAAAAAAAUCUGAUUGAGCUUGACAGAACAUUGUACUUCAAGGAAUAUUAAAAUAAUCACAAUCCACAGUGUGACAGUGAUAGUUUAUUAUUAAUAUUGUGCUAUUUGGUCAGAUCUGCAACUUCUGUGGUUGAUGUGCUUUAUAUCAGCAAUUCAUUUAUGACAUAACAUAUAAACUUAACACGAGCAAAGCUGUCAUGUCAUGUAUGUUGCAUCGAAAAAGCACGAGGGUGGAAUUUAAUGCUGUUUCAGUGUUUCAACCAUUCUGCAAAUUGGUGAAUCUCAUCUGGGAAAUUUUAUUUUUGAACGUGUAGAAACAAGUAAACAGCAUGUGGAAUGGAAUCUACAAUAAAUUGCAAAUGUUGAACAUGCAUAAAUUUGUUAUAUUCAAAGGAACAAUUAUUCUGAUGCUGCGUUACUGUGUACUCUGCCACCAUGGAAUAAAAGCCGAAUGUCUUUGUGAAUUGUGACUUGAAUACCGCCGAAUCACGUGUCAUGUUUAAUAAUAUGGAAUGAAAUUGACAUGUUGCAUCGAAAAAGCACAAGGACGGAAUUUAAGGGCUGUUUUUAAUGUUUCAACCAACUGCAAAUUGUUAAAUCUCGUCAGGAAAAUUUUUAUUUUUGAACGUGUGGAACAACAAGUAAACAUGCAUAAUGUUUGUUUAUUUGAAAAGAACAAUUGUUCCAUGUUGCUGGGUUGCAGAAACCUGUUUCUGAAUUCUUUCAUACUUGGCCAGGAGCUAGGACCUGUACCUAUGCCUAUGGUAGUAUUGAGCUCAUUGGGUGAUACAUUAUCUACAAACAACGUGAUCAUGAAGUUUUAUUUUCACUUAAUAACAGAACAAUGACAGAUUUCAAUUACCACAUACAUACAGUAGUGUUGAUGAAAUGUCAAUUAUAUACAAACAACUUAUUGUAAUACACCCUUUCAAUAAUUAUGUCACAACUACACUGUUUUCAACUUAGGACCACCUUAAAUGGAAAGGAUUUCACAUGGGACAUGCACAGAGAAGUAGAACAUCCUUGUACAACAACAUGUGCAAAAGUUUUGGAUUCCGAUCAAUAUUAAAUAUGGAAAUAACCAUUAACAUGAAAACGAGGCUCCAGCUCAUGACCUGGAGCCUUGUUUUCGUGUUAAAGCUUGUUUCCGCAUUUAUUGCCCAAAAUAAAGAAUUAUUUUUCAUGCAUGUUGGUUCUAAGUUGAAAACGGUAUAGUUGUGAUGUAAUCAUCGAAAUUAUGCCUUUGAACAACAACCAAUACAUAUUGUACAGUAGUAUUAAAUAUCAAAAAUUCAAAACGUCUCGUACAUAGUACAAAUAGCACUAUGAUGAUAAAGUUCUAUAAACACAACAAAAAAUCAAUAUGCAACCAACAGUUAAGUUCUAUGUUCUAUAUAAAAUGCAAUCACUGUAUUUGCACAGAAAAUGCUGUCUAGUACUGUAAUUUACCAGUCCAUUUCAAUGCUUUGGACAAUAUUGUCAAUAUUGUCAUAAGUUAUGCUAUAACUAAUUCCACUUUCCUCCAAAAUGUGGUUCACAAGGUCAUCUUCUGUUGCCGCUUGUAGAUCAAAUGACUUACCAAUAAUGCGGAGAAGUUUUUCUACAUUUUGAUUGAAUAUUGUUAGGCGAAUCUUAGUGGAAGGCAAUUGUGCAUUCUUAAAGAGGACUCUUACACACCAUUGUGCAUCACAUGACUCUAUAUUUUGCAACAACUUGCAGUUUUCAUUGCUGCACUGCACAAUCUUUCUUCCAGGAAUUUCUUGCAAUGACUUACCGCAGCUGCUACAGCAUGAACGUUUUGAAAUACUUUGUAUUCCAACAAUUUUGCCAGAAACAUCGGAUGUUGUCAUGACAAGAUGGCCUUUGUCAACUUCUACUAAUGCUUGCUCAAAUGGGGUGGUUUCAUCAAAUAAAAACGUUUCUGUAUUUGCAGUAUUCAGGUACCUGUCUCUAUUUGUCACUUUCAAUCGAAGGUUUUUGAACAUAUAGGUUGUUCCAGCUUUAAGG